UUCUCGGCAACUGAACUCCAGAAGGCAGUGCAGGGCGGGCGAAGAUGCAGUACAAGAACCUCGGCCGCUCUGGUCUAAGGGUGAGCCAGCUCUCUUACGGAGCCUGGGUGAGUUUCGGUAACCAACUCGAUGUGAAGGAAGCCAAGUCGCUCCUCCAGUGCUGCCGUGACCAUGGCGUCAAUUUCUUCGACAACGCUGAGGUCUACGCCAACGGCCGUGCCGAGGAGAUCAUGGGUCAGGCCAUCCGAGAGCUCGGAUGGAAGCGAUCCGAUAUUGUUGUGUCUACCAAGAUCUUCUGGGGCGGUCCUGGCCCUAACGAUAAGGGUUUGUCUCGGAAGCACAUCAUUGAGGGCACCAAGGCUUCUUUGAAGCGGCUUGACAUGGAGUACGUGGAUGUCAUUUACUGCCACCGGCCUGAUACUUCGACGCCCAUCGAAGAGACUGUGAGGGCCAUGAAUUAUGUGAUCGAUCAUGGGUGGGCUUUCUACUGGGGGACUAGUGAGUGGACGGCGCAGCAGAUCACUGAGGCCUGGUCGGUUGCUCAAAGGUUGGAUCUUAUCGGCCCUAUUGUCGAGCAGCCGGAGUAUAACCUCCUGUCUCGUCACAAGGUUGAAUCUGAGUACCUACCUCUUUACACCAACUAUGGUAUAGGUCUCACUACAUGGAGUCCCCUAGCAUCAGGAGUGCUUACUGGAAAAUAUAACAAAGGAGUAAUUCCACCAGAGAGUCGGUUUGCCUUAGAUAAUUACAAGAAUCUUGCCAGCAGAUCACUGGUUGACGAUGUGCUGAAAAGGGUUAAUGGAUUGAAACCCAUUGCGGAUGAGCUGGGCGUUCCUUUGGCUCAAUUGGCAAUUGCUUGGUGUGCAGCAAAUCCUAAUGUCUCUUCUGUUAUUACUGGUGCUACAAAGGAGUAUCAAAUUCAAGAGAAUAUGAAAGCUAUUGAUGUCAUUCCAAAGCUUACUCCAGAAGUGAUGGAGAAGAUUGAGGCAGUUGUCCAAAGCAAGCCAAAGCGACUGGAGUCGUACAGGUAAUACAGG